CGUUAUCAUAUUGCAUUGACUGCUUCCCUCUUCGUGUCGAUUUCAAAUAUAAACGUCAAGGCAUUUUCAGAAAAAAAGGCAAAUUUUGAAUUUAAAAAAUCUCUCCAACCAAUGGCGACCGCUAGCAAUUUUCAAACCAGUCCUGAAAAAACGAUAAAGACGAAUUUUGAUAAUGAGGGCGAAAAAGGUUGGCAGGACAUUUUCCCUAGUGAGGAGGGGACUCAAUUUUCUCGCUUUGAUAAUGAUUUUGACACAGAAAGCAGUCAAACUUCCGAAGAUCAGAAUUUUCAAGACUGCAUAUCAACCAAAACAUCAACGAGUCCAGCAGAAUAUUCAUUUUCUUCUCGACUAGAGCAAGAAAUUAUUGAUACAGAAGAAAUGACUCGAAUUCUUUUAGAAAAUCUCGAGGAGUUGAAGAAAACGGAAUCAGAAAUGAGAAUAUCUUCUCAAGAUAAAAAUCUACAGGCCUCGACGUCUGCGAAAUGCGAUUUCGAUCUUCCUUUCGACGAAGACAAACAGCGAGAAGAUUAUCGUACAUUUUUGAGAGCAUGGGAAUCAGAAUCAGGAAGUAGAGGAGAAGAAAUAGAAGAAGUCAUUUUUAAUUGCGAAACUCAACCACGGGCAUCUAAAUUAAAUAUAAAAAAAGAAAAACAGAAUGAAGGCAAUAUAAAUAAAUUUGAAGAAAUCGAUCUUCGGAAUUUUGAUGCAUACGACAUCGAGAAAAUAGAAUGUUUUACCAAAAAUGAAGAUAUUAAGUAUGAGAAUAUUGAAGAUAUUGAAGAUGUUGAAAAUACCAAGAAAAAUCACCCUGAAAUUGAGAAAAUUGUCAGAAAACCAAAGUCCUUGGAAGAUUUUCUCGAAACAGAAGCGAUGACACGACAAUUAAUGGAGGAAGUGGAAGAAAUGAAGCAGGCACUUAGUUCUCGAAAGAAGACAAAUGAAAAUUUAAGAACCCUUGUCCACGAAAAGGAAGAAGAAUGUCUUCAGAGAAUAUUUAAAUCCUGGGAAGGUCCAAAUUAUUCUCAAGCUUCGAAUUUUGAAGAUAACCAAAUAGAAGAUAUCGAGAAACUAAAGGGGAUAAUAGAGAAAAUUGACGAGGAAGAAUUAUUCAAGAUUGAUGCCGAAUUCGAAGAAAAUGCAUCGAUUCGAGAAAUUAUUAAUUCUGAAAUUGAAGGAGAAAUUGAAGAAGAGGUGAAAAGGACUGCGUAUGAAAAAAUGUUAUUUAAAAUGUGGGAUGAGGAGACUUGGAUGGGAAAAAUGAGGAAAGAAGAUGAAGAAAUGGAAGAAGUUGACAUAGUCAAAAUUGAAGAUGAGGAAGAAAAUGAGAUAAAUAAUAGAGAUAUUCAAAGGUCAGAAGAAGUAAUAGAUGUGGAAAAAGUAGAAGAUGAAAAUGCAGAGGAAAUGAAUCAAAUGAAGUUCUAUGCGAUGAAGAAAUUGGAAGAUAUAAAAUCAGCUGUCUUGGAUAUCCAAAAAAUAAAAAAUAAAAUACGAGAAGUUGAAGAUAUCACUGAAGACCAAGAAGGUGAAAUUGACAUCAAUGCCAAAUUUGAAGAAAUAAAAAAAAUUAAAAAACAAAUAGAGAUGUUGCAAAAUGAACAUGAAAUGGAAGAUACAAGCGAUAAUUUUGAAAUGACAGAAAUUGAAGAAAUGGAAGAAAUGAAAGAAGUAGUGAAAGAAAUGAAGAUGAUUGUAGAAGGAGGAAAUAAAUUACAAAGAAGUGAAGAUGAAAACGUAAUCACAGAGAUGGAUGAUAUUGCAGAAAUAGAAGAAAUUCAAAGUCAAAUUAAAGAAAUGAAAGAUAAAAUUCAGGAAAUUAAGGGUUGUCUUAAAGAAAUAAAAGAGGAGGAAAUAAGAUGUUAUGAUGAAGAAAUCGACCAAAGGGAGGUUAAAAUAAAAAUAGACAUUGAAAGUGAAGAAAAAUUGAAGAAAAAUGAGGGGAAACAUGUUUCAUUUAAUCUUGAUGGAUUUGAACGAAGGGAGCCGAAAGAAAAAGAGUAUUUUCAAACUUUGCUCAAUGUUUGGAAUAAAGAAAAAAAUGAAGCAACGUCUAAGGCUGAUCCUGCAAACAUAGAAGAAAUUGAAGAUUUAAUGUUUGGAGACAAGAAUGGAAUGAGUCAAGAAGUCAAGGUUGAAUUAGGUACUUUAAAUGAAAACGUUGAAGAACUUAUUCAUUCGAAAGAAGAAGCUGAAGAAAUAAUUUCUUCAAAAGAAGAGCCUCAAGUUUUAAAUUCUUCAAUAGAAGAAUCAGAAACAGCAGAAAACAUUUCAUCCAAUUCUGACACUAUUAUUGGAGAUUCAAGGGAAAUUAUGGAAGAUUUCGAAGAAAUAAAGAAUGACGUUAGGAUAAAAAAUGAAAAAGUUCAAGAUAUUUUAGGUACAAGUAUGGAAGAGUUGGCUCGAAUUGCUGAUGACUUUCAACCCAAAACUGAAGAAUCUGUGAAUGAAACUUUGAAAGUAAUUGAAGAUAAGAAGAAGAAAAUUGAAGAUGAAAAAAAUCAAGCUUUGAAAGAUCUUUCAAUAGAAUUUGCAGAGUGUCAGAAUCUUAUGGAUAAACAGGAAGUUAAUGAAGAAAUUAAAAGCAAAGAAGAUAUACAGUUUUUGGAAAUGCCUUUGUCGAAGACUGAAGUAGCCACAAAUUUUAGGGAAAGUGAGAUUAAAUCGAAAAUUAAGGAAGAAGAAAUUGAAGAUGCUAGAGUUUCAAAAAAUGUUGAUUUUAUUUCUAAUUUUGGUGCUGGUGAUCAUACACAAGAAAUUAUUGUUCCGAAGGAAGAAAAAAUGGAUGAUAAAGAAUAUAAGAGUGCUGAUUUACUUGCCACGAAGAUUCUGAAUGAUUCUUUAAACAAUUUAGGAGAAGGUGAUUAUCUCAAAAAAAAUUUAGAAGAAGUUGCUUCAGAAAAUGAAAAAUCACAGAUUCUAGAAGAUAAUAAAAAUAGAACUGAAGAAACCGGAUACGAUUCUGAUGAUUCAUUUAGUGAAUUGAGAAAAGAGAAAAAAAGAGUUUUUAUCAAAGGAAAAGUCUACGAUUUCGUUCCUAAAAGAGAUGGAGUUAGGAUGACAGAGGAUUUUCUGAAGAAACAUUGUAGGGAACAAAAAUUGUACCAAACCCCUUAUCUGAAUGAAGUUUUAUAUUUGCAUUACUAUGGAUUUUCCUAUAUUGAAAAUUUGGAAAAAUACACAGGUCUUAAGUGCCUCUGGCUGGAGAAUAAUGGAAUUCGAGAGAUAGCGAAUCUUGAAAACCAGACAGAGUUGAAGUCCCUCUAUCUUCACAAUAAUGUAAUCAACAAAAUUGAGAACCUGGAAUAUUUAACUAAGUUGGAUAGUUUGAAUGUGUCCCACAAUAUGAUCAGGAAGAUCGAGAACCUUGAAAAACUGAAAUCCCUCAACACUCUGAACAUCUCGCACAACUACCUCCAAGAAGGAGGCGACAUCGAGCACCUGCAGGACCUGGAACACCUCUCGGUUUUGGACCUAUCACACAACAGGAUUGACACCUUGGAGGUGGUUGAGAUUCUGGGAAGCAUGAAGUCCUUAAGAGUAUUGACCUUGACGGGGAAUCCAGUGGUAAAGUUGAUCAAGACUUAUCGCAAGACGUUGACCUUGAUGUGCAAGAACUUGAUGCACCUGGACGAGAGACCAGUAUUUCCUAGAGAUCGUGCAUGUGCAGUGGCAUGGGAAAGAGGAGGACCAACAGAAGAAUCAGCAGAGAGGCAAAGGUGGAUCCAUGCAGAACAGAAGAGAGUUAACGACAGUGUUCUGGCUCUGAUCAAAGGGAAACUCCACCAGCAAGGCGAUGAUUCCAGAAAUUUAGAAGAUAAAGAAGUUGAAGUUGAAGAUGAAGUCGUAGAGAAGUUCAAGGAUUCUAGUAGCGAAUUGUUGAUGCUGGAGGAGAAACAGUUGAUUGUCUCUGCAACUUCGAGUGAUGGACUGAAUGAGGAGGGAGAGCAGGAUGCGAUGGAGAUGGAAGAAGAUGAUAAGGAAGAGUCAAAGUCUGAUCAGAUUAGAGAAAUUCUACUGCCUUGGGAAACUGAGAAUAAUCGAAAUAGAAAACCCCCAAAACUAAUAGAAGAAUUAGACCCGGAUAUGUACACCCAAAAUGAUAACUAUAAUCCAAAAACUCAAACAAGCCUAAUUGAAGCUGAUGAAAGUCGAGACAUUUUUAGAAGCGAGGAAUAUAAAUUUCAAGAAGAUAAUUUGCGUAAAGAUAAACCGAGCAGCAUUCAUCAGGACGUGGAGGAUAACUUUUCAGAAAUGGAUGAUUUUUUUAAGGAUAAUAGGAUUAUUUACAAAAAUGGAGAAGCAGAAGUAUUUACGGUAAAGGACGAAACAAAGGAAAAGCAAAACGUUAGAAUGCAAAUUGAAGAACUUAAUUCUGAAAAGGUUGAAGGCGAAGAAGAGGAGGGGAAAAUAGAGGAAGAGGUUUCUGGUGAGGGAGAUACUUCAAAGGACAAAAAAGUUCUUAAAGAGGAAGAGAAGGUGGAGAGUAAGGAAAAAGAGGUUAAAAUUCAAACUGAGGUCAUUUAUUUUGAAAAGGUUCAACAGAAAGAACAGGAAGAGAAAGUGAAGAACAAUAUUUUAGACGAGGAAGAUACUUUAUACCAUGAAAAAGUUCUUAAGGAGAAACAGAAGAUGGAAAGGAAGGAUAUGAAGAGCAUAACAAUUGAAAUUGCAGAAGUUGACUUAAAAGAGGUGAAAGUUGUUGUAAAAGAGAAGAAAACGGAAGAAGAAAAGGUGGAAGAAAAACUUUUGUGUAGAAAAGAAGUUUUAAAGGAAGAAAAUAUAGAACAGAGAAAGUUAGAAGGUGACUUAAAGGAAGGAAAAAUAGAAAAGGAAUUUGAUGGAGGUGAACUGAAGAUAAGGGAAGAAAAAAUGGAAGAAAUUACAAUAGAUUCAUUGAUAAAAACAAUGGAUGCUUUAACCCUUAAAAAAUCAGGAAAUUGUACAAAGAAGCAAAGUGAGAAAAGAACCUACGAAUUCGAAAGUCCUGAAAUUUGUCGAAAGAAGUGUUUUCUAACCCAGGAACCUAAUUUUGAGACUAAAGUUUUGAGGAAAAUUCGUCCUGACAAAAGUCGAAUGAGACGAGCGCAAAAUUCGACAAAAGGGUCCAAAAAAAACUGGAAACGGGAUAUGAUGUUGAAAAAUUGCAAGGAGAGAAAAGAAAAAGGUUUAGAAGCAGAACAUUUAGAAAAAGAGGAAAUGACCCUUGAAGAUUAUUUUUCACCUACACUAGAAACAGUUUCAGAUGAAGGUGACACUUUUCAAUCGAAGGAUAUUAUUUCGGAAAAUGGUUCGGACGAAUUUAAUUUAGAAAAUAUGGAUUCUAAUUUAAAAGAGAGAUUAUUGAGCAAAAUAAAAUCCCCAAAGACGAAGGAGGAAAUUGAAAGGGAAAGAGAAGCUGCUGUAAAAUUAAUGAAAAUUUCUCGACAAGCCAUGAUGGAAGGAAAAUUAUUUUCUAAGAAUCCAAAUGUCGCCUACAAAAAUUUUCAGGCUACAAAAAAAUCGGAAUUACUGAAAUCUAAAAUGCAUCUUGGACAGGAAAAUAAUACCGGUGAAGUAAUAAAUGUUUCUGGGGAUCAAGGCAAAUUAAUUCCUAAAUCAACGGACGAGGAGAUCGAUGUAAUUUCCCUAGAUGCAAAUGGGGAGUCCAAAGAUGAAAAAAUUGAUAAAAGGUCAAACUCCUUAGAAGGUGGAAGUGAAAUAAAAAAUGAAGAGGCUGAAAAAGGUGAACAAAUUUCAAGAAAAGUUUCGAAAUCUUUGGAAAUUCAGGUGAUCCAAAAAAAAUAGAUAGCUGGAAAAGCAGGAAAAUUUGAUUUUUUGAAUUCCAAUCUUUUUGGAAGUUUUAUGUUGAACAGUUAAUCUUUGUUAAAAUGAAUUAACAAAGUUUUAAGUCAAGCAUUGG